AUGCCAACGGUACUUGAGGUUGACGCUUCACAGAAAGGGCUGGGAGCAUGCCUCACUCAACAUGGCAAACCUAUUGCCUCUGCAUCCAAAAGUUUCUUACCGACGCAGAAAAAUUACUCCAACAUAGAAAGGGAAACGCUGGAAAUGGUGUUUGGCAUAGCCCGUUUCCACAACUACCUCUUCGGGAAGGAGUUUGUGUUCCCAGUCGUCCACAGGCUGCGAGAUACCAAGAGCGCAACGGUAGUUGGUGUGACAUCGCGUACACUUGGCAUGUUCGGAGCGCCGGCAGAGAUAAUAUCGGACAAUUUCCAACAGUUCGUUGGAGCGCCGCACCAGGACAUGUGUGCUUCAUGGGGCAUAAGUCACAUCACAUCCUCACCCCGAUACCCUCAAUCCAACGGUUUUGUGGAACGUUCAGUGCGGACAGUCAAGGCACUCAUAAAGAGAUGCCAAAAGUCAAAGCAGAAUGUUGACAAAGCACUUCUGAACCUGCGAGCUACUCCCAUUGACUCCAAACUGCCGUAUCCGGCCGAGAUUCUGUUUGGCAGGCCACCUUGCAUAAGCUUGCCAAGCCGCCGCCGAAUGAAAGCAGAUUACGACAGGAGACACUCAGCCAAUGAGCUCCCACCUCUCCAUGUUGGGCAGAAGGUCCGGAUUCUUGAUCAGGAUUCUCGGGCUUGGCUGCCAGCCGAGGUGACAACCGUGUGUAGAGAGACGAGGUCGUGUAAAGUCGCCACCCCAAACGGCAGCAUAUUGAGGCGUACUCGAUCACCUCAGAGGGAUGACAGAUACACGACACUCUAUCACUCCCAAGCGUGUCAGAUUUGCAGACACCGAGAAAACCAAAGACCUCAGUAA